GUGCAGCCGAGGAAACAUCGCAAGGUUUCGACGACGUUGGUAUGAAAUGGCAGAAACUGCUUGUGUCACGGAAGCACAAAGAUUAGGUUACGUAGAAGCUACACAUGUAUUCUGCGAUGAUCCCGGCCUGCUAGUGUGAGGGAAACGGGAGUGUAUCCGGAGGAAAAAGGGAUUAAAGAGCUGUUUUUCUCCUUUAAAAAAAAAGAGAAACGUCCGGGUUGUGUCUCCAGCAGGCAGCAACGGCGACUGCGGGUCGACACUGGUGGAAUUAACCGGAGAGGGGUCUUGCGAGCUCCACUUGAAUGCCCAGUCAUAGCGUUCGUCCAAGGCUUCACCAUGAACCGGAACAAGCGUGAAAAGGAGUACUACAGUAUAGAUGUGGGCGAUUCAACUUUUAUGGUUUUAAAGCGCUACCAGAACCUCAGACCCAUCGGAUCCGGAGCACAGGGAAUUGUCUGUUCAGCGUAUGACCACAACUUGGAGAGGAACGUUGCCAUCAAGAAGCUGAGCCGGCCAUUUCAGAAUCAAACUCAUGCGAAACGGGCCUACAGGGAACUGGUGCUAAUGAAAUGUGUCAACCACAAGAACAUAAUCGGCCUUUUAAAUGUAUUCACACCACAGAAGACACUGGAAGAAUUCCAAGAUGUGUAUCUGGUGAUGGAGCUGAUGGAUGCCAACCUCUGCCAGGUGAUUCAGAUGGAGCUGGACCACGAGAGGCUGUCCUACCUGCUCUACCAGAUGCUGUGUGGAAUCAAACACCUGCACGCUGCUGGCAUCAUACACAGGGACCUGAAGCCGAGCAACAUCGUGGUGAAGUCUGACUGCACACUGAAGAUCCUGGACUUUGGCCUGGCCAGGACAGCCGCCACCGGCCUCCUCAUGACGCCCUACGUGGUCACCCGCUACUACCGCGCCCCAGAGGUCAUCCUGGGCAUGGGCUACCAGGCCAACGUUGAUGUCUGGUCUGUUGGCUGCAUCAUGGCUGAAAUGGUCCGGGGUAGUGUGUUGUUUCCAGGCACCGAUCAUAUCGACCAGUGGAAUAAGGUGAUCGAGCAGCUGGGGACACCGUCUCAGGAGUUCCUGAUGAAGCUCAACCAGUCGGUGAGGACCUACGUGGAGAACAGGCCACGGUAUGCGGGCUACAGCUUUGAGAAGCUCUUCCCUGAUGUCCUGUUCCCUGCAGACUCUGAACACAACAAACUGAAAGCGAGCCAAGCUCGAGACCUACUAUCCAAGAUGCUGGUAAUAGACGCUUCGAAGCGGAUCUCAGUGGACGAGGCUCUCCAGCACCCUUAUAUCAACGUGUGGUACGACCCGACUGAAGUGGAGGCGCCACCACCCGCGAUCACAGACAAGCAGCUGGAUGAAAGAGAGCACACAGUGGAGGAGUGGAAAGAGUUGAUAUACAAAGAAGUGUUGGACUGGGAAGAAAGGACAAAGAACGGUGUCAUCAGGGGACAGUCAGCGUCCAUAGGUGCAACAGUGAGCAGCAGCCCCCAGCAGCACCACCAGCACCACACCUCCAUGUCCUCCUCCACCUCUGUCAACGGCUCCUCCAUGUCCACCGACCCAUCCCUGACCGACACUGACAGCAGCCUGGAGAUGGCCAGCGCCGCCGCCGCUGCUGCUGCUACAGCCACCGGCCCCCUGGGCUGCUGCUACAGCAACCAGCCCCCUGGGCUGCUGCAGAUGACUAUCAUCUACACCUCCUCCUGGUCCUGGUCCUGGGCUGGGCCUCGCCCCCUGGUCACAUCCAAGACCACUAGCCCAACACUGGCUCCUGGCCCCGCCCCCUGCAUUUGUCCCCCCUCCCACAUUCUCUCUGUGCUUGUCUUCAGUAGUGUAGCGUUUAGCCAGCCAGCUGUUUAAGAAAUAUUUUGAUUUCUGAAAGGACAGAUCUUUUUUUUUCUUUUUUAUUAAAGUUAUAGUCUUUUUUUAAAUUAGGAUUUCUUUUCGUUUGAGUCCUAGCUGUAAUUUAUUGUGGCAUUUCUUAAUUUUUCAGAAACCUAAGAUGAUAAGAGAAUUUUUAUGAUUUCACUACGUUCCGGUUUGUAUUAACCGACAGUGAGAAUUUAAAGAAAUAUCUGUACAAUGUUUUAAUGUGAUCUAUUUUUCUGUUUAAAGUCAUUUGUUUCACUUGUAAGCUACUGCUUUUACAACUUGCCAUAUAAAUGUAGAUUGAGUUUGUACAGAUUUUAUGGUAGAUGUAGUUUUAUCUUCGAUACAAGUUUGCAGUGAGCCAUUGAAACAUAAUUGAAUUGCAAGACGUAUGGUCUUAGUACUCCCCUUAUGUGUUUUAUCUCCCAUAAUAUGGAUAUCGUUUUAAGUUCAUAUGACAUAUCCAUUGAUUUGAACUGAGAUCAUUUAGAUUUACUUGUAAAAUUUCUUUUUCUUGUGAGUCACUACUACUUCCUACAUUGUAAAAUUUAAUGAAAGCUUUAUAAUUUACUCAUUCUUCACCUCCUGAUCAGUCAUGAUAGGACUUCAAAAUGAUUUUCAUACACCAUCUGAUUCAUUUUACCUUCUGCAUUUAAGCUAUGGGAUCGAUAAUGGCACAGUUAGUUCCCACAAGAUAACUUGGAGCUCUUUGAUGACUGUCUUCUGUAAUUUUAAGUGCUUUAAAGUACCUCUUCUUGUCUGCAACAGGCUGUGUGACGUUAUGGAACUGGAUUGGUGGUAUUGCUUCGGAGGACUGGAUGCACGGAGCUCUUUCAUGUUCUCCACUGGCUUGCUUUGACAGUGAGCUAUUGCUAACAGUUCGGAAUGUUUAUUGUCGUGCUUUGGGAGGUUUAUCGAGACGUAGAUGAGUUGUGUGAGGUUGUAAAAUUGGUGACGGUGUAAGUAGAAUGUUCUUCAGUCAAGUAGGGAAUUGUGAUUUUGAGAACGCUUGUGAACGUGUCGCUAUUGGGUGUUUCAGAGGGGAAGUGAUUCUGCAGCCUGAUGGGAGAGUGUGAAAACAUGUCAGCUUCCUUCUACCAGAUCCUGUUAUUAGUAAUGUACUUUUGUGAAUUUGGAAAAUUGCGAGUGAUUUUUUUAAAAAGUUGGCAUAACACUUUGCAUACCAGACUUGCCUGCAGUUGUAAAAAAAGAACCUAAAACUUAGCAGCACAAAUAACCAGAGUCAAAAGAAAAACAAAUUAUUCUCGGUAUGCAAUAAUAGUGCCCUUUUUUUGAGUUUUUUUUAUUUAGCAUUGAAAGGAAAAGUGCCUGUUGUUUGUCAUUCAUUCCUGAGUACAUGGGUAUUCAUUACGUGUAGGUUUUUAUGGCGUCUGGUUAACAACGGUAGUUUCCAUUAUCAAACCAAUAAUGAAUGAUGGGGUUGUAGUUCUCACAAAUGUAUUGUAUAUUUUUCUACUUGUUUUGAUUUUGACCCUCGAGCGGGAGACCAUCGUGUCUUGCAGGGUAAGAAGGUGAUGAUGUAUACGUUGAGAUGCUUAAGCACAUGUUUGAGUCAUUUCAGAAGAAAAGGCAGUUUUAUCAAGGUCUUUCAUCAAAGUAAAAAGAAGUGUUUCUUUGCAGUGACAGCAACCGAAAUAUAGGUUAGUAAGAGUUCUUUGGCUUUUCUUUGAGUACUAAUUUAAUGUGAUGGUUGUAAGAGAGAAGAACGAACAGGAUGUUUUGAAAUUCAACUACUGGAUCAAACUAAAUGAGGAAACUCUGCGGCUGCAUUUUUGUCAGUAUUUUGCGAUGGUUUUGGAUACUGUUUACUGUUGGAAUUGCAGAUUGAUGUUUUAGUUACAAACACACAUCUGAGAGGCAGAGCCAAACGACCACAGUGUUUCUGGCUAAUUCAUUUUUUAAGUUCAAAGUAACCCUUGUGGUACUAAGUGAAAAAGUGCUCUAACUAUAGUAAGUCAAUUUAAAAAAAAAAAAAAAAGCCAUAUUAGCUAAGAGCUAUCUAGGCAAGUUGUGUAACUUUUUAACAUCAUGAAUAUCAUGGUCUUAAGUGAAAAAAACAAAGGAGUCCAUGCUGUUUUGCUCAAUUUAUUGAGGUUUCAUGCAGCCAUUCUGCCUGCUUGAACUGUUUGCAUAACUAAAAUUAUCUGCAAGAAGCAGAGCUGGGAUGUACUGUAUUGUCAUGGAGGAUGAGCAAGUGUGGUGGAUGUUGGCACAAACAUCCCUGUGCAAGGAUUGUUUAAACGUGUAACAGCACUGUGUCUAGAACCUGUCCCAGUCUUUGAUAAGGACGUUAAGCUCAAAUCAAAGUUGCAAACAAGGUUGUCUUUAGACUGUAGCAUGACACGCUGUGUGCUCUGUGCUGUGCUCUACUGCAGCAACUAGUUACCAUCUGCCAGAUAUGUAAGGCUAAACACAGGUAAACCACAAGUAACCAUUUACUUAACGGCAUGAUUUUUCAGAUACUGCAGCACUGUCUCCUUAUCAACUUCUGGACUUGCACCAGCUAUUCGUAAAUCCAUUAUUAAGUGUGUCAUUCCUAAGUUCUUAGUAACAACUAGCUAGUUUCAAACUAAUGUUUUAGUAAAUCGGGUUGCCCCAUUAAAACUUAAAGUAUGCUUUAUCCAGUAAAAACCUCAACAAUGGGUAAACUAGUUGUCAUCUGAUCAUAAUCAGUCAGCAUCACAAACUAUAACAUAACUUUCAAACUUGACGGUUUUAAUUGAAAAAACAAACAAACAAUAUAGUAAAUGCAACUGCCAAUCCUUUGUAAAUGUAGAUAUGACGUUGUUUUAUUUAUAUAUGCAUACAUAGAGACGUAUGUGUGUUUCUGAAUUACUAAUAUCCAUACAUUUUUGAAUAAGUGAGAAAUGUCUCAAUACACUACUACCCUCAGUUUUAUUUGGUCUUUCAGUCUAACAUUAUUAGCCCAACGUUUUGUACUUUUAUGUUAUUUUUUUGUCAAUUUUGUGGAAUUUAUUUUAAAUUUUAAAAACUUCCCAGUUUACGUCAUUAUUAAACAGCAAUUUAUCAAGUGUAUGGUAAGUGUAUUGACCAUGUAACAUUACCGCUUUUACUCUUCAAUCUAAAUGGGUAAUAGAAUAGCAAGCGUUAGUGCUGCCACUAAGCUACGCAGCAGUUAACAUUUAAUAUAUCAGAAAACAUGCGUUAGCUUCUUCACUGAGCUACAAAACAAUUAAAUAUAUCAACAAACAAGUGUUAGCUUCGUCACUGAGCUACGCAAUAGUUAACUUUUAACAAAUUAGCAUGCUAAUGUUAGCUCCGUCAGUGAGCUACAAAAUAAUUAACAUUGAAUAUAUCCGCAAGCAAGCGUUAGCUUCUUUACUGAGCUACACAAGUUAAUGCUUAAUAAAUUAGCAAGCAAAUGUUAGCUUAAUCACUGAGCUACACAACAGUUAAUGUUCAAUAAAUUAGCAAGCAAAUGUUAGCUUUGGCACUGAGCUACGCAACAGUAAACAUUUAAUAAAUUACCAAGCAAACUGUAACUUUGACACUGAUUUAAGUUACACAAGUUAACAUUUGAUAUAUCAGCAAGCUAAUGAAAGCUUUGUCAGUUAGCUGCACAGCAGUUAACAUUUAAUAUAUUAGCAAGCUAAUGUUAGCUCUACGAAAGAACUAGUUGAUAGGGUGCAACCCAUUUUAAUUUUGUGAUGCGUAUAUAUCUACUUUGUAAACACUUAAUGGUUAAUAACUACAGUAAGUUUGAACUUACGAACAGCUGGUGCCACUGGCUCCUGCUCUCUUUUCUAGUCACCAGAGUUUUAAAGGAAAGGUUUGGCCAGUAAAGUGUAUUGUCAGACAGUAGUUGUAGAUUCCAACAGCAAAAAAUUAAAGUGUCCAGCAGUAAAUGUACAGUAGUGUUUUGACAAACAAUGACUUAGACAUCUGUAAGAAGGCAGCGAUGGCAGGGAAAAUAUCAGUGGUAUGUAUCCAUGCGUCAUAUUAGCCCAUUUGUUAUAUUAGCUAAAAGAAUCAAUCAGAAAAAAAUAUGUUGUCUAAAGUGCUCUUAAUUUUCGUAGCCCAACAUUAGGGGCUUUAAUUGGAGUAUUUUGUUAUGUUUUUCUUCUUCUUCUUCUUAGGUUGUUGUUGCUUUUUUAUAAUUACCGCAUCUCUCCAAACAAUGUCAUUCUGAUUUAAGUCGGCUUUGAUGAACUACCUCACGCUGAAUUUCUGCCAGUUCUUGCAUAUACUUAGUCGCCUGCAGAAUUAGCUAUCGAAGACGUGUGAAUAACAGAUUCCAUUAUUUAUUUAUUUGAAAGUGUACUAUUUGUCAGUUUCAACAGACUUCUAGUUUUGUACAUUAUGUAUACUUCACCUAGAAGUAAGAGAAUUGUUAUAUGUAUUUUUUUUUUUUUUUUCUCGGUUUGUUUUUUGUUUUUAAACUAAAUGUGCAAUACCUUCAGCAAACUGUGCUAGUAGUGUGUGAUGGGCCUAGCCUUUGUUAGCUGUCUCCUGAAGGUAAAGAAAAUGUUUGGUACUGUCAAUCCAUGUUUUCCUUUUUUAUGAAUAAGAUCAAUUUUUAUUUCUGUGACUUGUUUAUAGUCAUGAUGUUACGUAAUCAGUCUUACCUGCCAAACUAAUCUGUUGGCCAAGGCUUGAUGCAGAGACGGAAAGUUCUUUGAGUCACAGCGCGGCCAACAGCUUUUGAUUUGGAAUGUGGUAAGGACAAUAAUGUUAAUAAACACAAAAAAGAUGAGUAAAUACCUACAAGAAAUCAUUAUAUGUAUGGUGCUGGUUUGUAAUGUUUGCUAGUGAAUCCAGCCAUGCAAGUAGUUUUAAGAAUUCCUGGAUCUGCGCGUCCCAAAAACCGCAACCAACGAAGAAGUGCACUACUAGAAUACAUGCACUGGGAUCUGAUGAUGCCACCUCUUAAGAAAAAAAACAUGUACUGCAAAUAAAAGAAAUACACUUUGA